GUGAAAAUUUAUACCAGACCACUUGAGGUAAACAUGAAAUUUUUACAAACAGAGAAAGAAACAAGUAGCUGAUAAUAAGCAGAAGUUGAAAAUGAACCAGCACAUCUAGUGAUAUCGUAACCUUGAGAUUGAAGGUGCUGAUUUAAAUUUACACUUCACAAGCCCAAAUCUUGAACAAACUGAGGUCAUGAUUAAUGAAGGAGCCCCAGAGUAUUUUUGUUAUCAGAACGUGUAUUACCCUGCUGCCACCAAUUAUGGGUAUUACUGUACAGGAUUUGAAACACCCGGGGAAUGGGAGGACCACCAUAGGAUUUUUGGUGUAGAUGGUCCCAAUAUUCAGUUCAUGGGUGCACAAAAUGAAAGUUUGCCGUAUGUAUAUUAUAACUAUGGAUAUGCACAGUCUCCAUACAAUCCAUAUAAUCCUUACAUUCCUGGUGCUAUGAUUGGAGCUGAUGGCUCACUUGGAGGAGGACAACAUUAUUAUACCCUCCCCAAUUAUCAAAGUCCAGUUUCUGCACCUGGUUAUAUUCCCUCUGUUCAACCAGACAAUUUUUCUGAUAGUUCUGCAGAUUCCUUUUUUGGAGCCAGUGCUUCUGUCAGUAAACCUGAUGGAAGAGGUUUGAGACAUAAGUUCAAUUCAGCUUCUGGUAACUUUCCUAGGAAUUCUUCAAAUUUUUUAUCAAAUCAGACAAGUUCCUUGGCCAGGGUAUCAGAAAGGCCGAGAGCUUAUGAUGGGAGUAGAUUUCUCAAUUUAGCUUUGCCGGCUGUUCAUCGGUCUGCAGCUGCUAAACUUAGGCCAAAGCUUCACAAUGGCAAAGUAGUACCAAAUGGUGGAAAUGGGAGCUCUGAUGUAUUGGGUGAGCAAAAUCAAGGCCCUAGAGUUAGUAGAUCAAAACAUCAGCUGUCUGUGAAAGCCUAUACAACCAUGGCAGGAGAUGCUAAUGAACAGGGGAACAUUGUCAUAUAUCCUGAUCAAUACAAUAAGGAGGACUUUUCCCUUGACUAUGAAAAUGCAAAGUUUUUUGUUAUAAAAUCAUACAGUGAGGAUGAUGUGCACAAAAGCAUUAAAUAUAAUGUGUGGUCAUCAACACCUCAUGGAAACAAGAAGCUGGAGAAUGCUUAUGAGGAUGCAAAGAAAAUAGCAGCUGAAAAGUCUGAAGUGUGCCCUAUUUUCCUAUUUUUUUCUGUUAAUGCAAGUGGGCAGUUCUGUGGGGUAGCAGAGAUGGUUGGUACAGUUGAUUUUAACAAGAAUAUGGACUUUUGGCAGCAAGAUAAAUGGAGUGGAAGCUUUCCUUUGAAGUGGCACAUCAUAAAAGAUGUACCAAAUCCAAAUUUUAGGCACAUUACACUGGAGAACAAUGAAAAUAAGCCAGUAACUAAUAGCAGAGACACACAAGAGAUAAUGUAUUGGAAAGGUUUGGAAAUGCUGAAAAUAUUCAAAAAUAAUACACUGAAGACAUCUUUGCUUGAUGACUUUAUGUACUAUGAAAACCGUCAAAAGAUCAUGCAGGAUGAGAAAGCCAAGUUGCUAGUCAAGAGUUUCAAUAGUCCAAUAUUUGUACCAGUAUUAGAAGCUCCCCAAAAGUUGAAUUUUGUUGUUGAUUUACUAAAAGACAAUUAUGAGAAGAAUUUGAAGCCCAAGGAUGAUUCUGAUGGCUUCAAACAGAUUUCAGUUUCAAGCCCUGACCAGAUUGUUAGUAAUUCUGAUGUCACUGGCAUCAAGCAUGUGGAUGAUGAGAAAGCUGAGAAAAUUGCUGUGGAUAAAGAAGAUAUUUCUUCUAUCUUAAAGAUUGGUUCAGUCACUAUUGCCCCCAAACAAGUUGAGGCUAAGCACUCUGUCAGCAAUGGUAAUAAAGAACAAGGUGAUGCUCUUACGGAAGGCUCAAUGCAGGUAAAAGUUAAUGGGUUUGCUUUGCCUUCUGGUUUCUUGAAGGUUGGCAGUAUCCCACUUGAUGCAAUGGCAUUGCAACCGGGAAAAGGUGUUCUUUCUGUUAAAAGUGAAUCACAUCGUUAAAUUUAGCUUUGUGGUAAACAUCUGGUGUUAGUCUUGUGGUAAAAGAUGAGUUUAUUGUUUGCCCACUUGUAUUUUACAGUUGGGAAGUUGAGUUUCUUCUUGAUCAUUUCGUUUCAUUUGCUAAUGAUGCUUUGCACAAGGCUGUUAUAUAUCGUGGGUGUUUGAGCGGGUGUUGACUUCUAUAGCUUCUAUAGGAUAAUGUAACCCCCCUUUUUUUUGCUUUUAGCCUGUUGGUGGUUAACGUGCAAGGGGUGAGUCUGUUAAUUCAAUAUGUUGAGAAAUCGGUGAAAACUUCUGGCCACAUUUGUUGAGUUACAGCUUAAAUGAGCUUUUUAAGAUGACAGUAUAACCGUAUCUGGUUUAUUUAAAGUCUAUUUCAGUAUUGCCAUUUCAUCAA